UUUGGGGGUACAGCAGCUAUGGCGGAGAGCGGGCGCCCAGCUCAUGGCGACUACGAGCGGCGAUCUUCGUCCCCACGGAUGGCCUCCAGUAAGCGGAAAUACGAGGAGCCAGUGGAGGCGCCACCGCGGCAGCCGCCACAGCAGCAGCGUCCUCCUCCGCCGCCGCCGCCUUCUUCCGACAGCCAGCGCCCGUCUUACAAGAGCGUCCCUCCUCCUCUCUCGGGCUUCGAGGCGGCGAAGCAGCGCGCCGAGCAGAUUGCCGCGCGCCUGGUUGGGGAAGUGGAGUACAAGAGAGCCCGGACGAGCGCGGAUGACAACGAUGGCGUGGCCAGCAAUGUGGAGCGCGCCGGGGGACACUAUGGGCAUCAAGAUGAUCGGCCUCCUUCAGAUUCGUACGUCCAGCACCAGACUAAGAGAGUGGACGUUCCUAAUACCAAGGUUGGGCUCGUGAUUGGCAAGGGAGGUGAGACUAUCAGGACCUUGCAACAGCAAUCCGGUGCUAAGAUUCAAGUGACCAGAGAUGCCGAGGCUGAUCCGGGCGCAGUAACAAGGCAGGUUGAGCUCACUGGUACCCCUGAACAGAUUUCUCGGGCCGAGCAACUUAUCAGAGAAGUCGUGGGAGAUCAGGGUAUCGUGGGAGGACCCGUGGGAGGUGGAGGCACUGGCAGUGUUGGAGAUCCAAUACACGUCCGGGUUCCAAAUAACAAGGUCGGUCUGAUCAUCGGGAAAGGUGGUGAGACCAUUAGAAAUCUCCAACAAACAUCCGGGGCACGAAUUCAGGUGCAACAUGAUAGAGAAACGGAGCCAGGUGCCACGGAGAGGAUCGUGACGUUAGUAGGGACCAAGCAACAGACCGACAUUGCAACUGACAUGAUCAAAGAUGUCAUUGGAGAGGGACGCUCGAGGGCCGGAGGCUACCAGCAAGGCUUUCGACCGGCCUGGGGUGGUCAGUCACAGUCCCAGUCCGGCUAUGGCUACCAGCAGCAGCAAGGCUACGGCUCACAGCAGUAUGGAAACUACUGGGACCAAAACCAACAGCAGGGUGGCUCUUACGACUACUACCAAAACUCGGAGGGUGGCGGCCAGCAAAACGAGGGCGAUCCAAACUACAACUAUGGACAGCAGGGGUACUACUACGACCAGCAAGCACCGUACGACCAGCAGUACCCGCAAGGCUACGAUCAAUCAGGAUACAACCAGGCGGGCGGCUACAACCAGGAUCAAGAGUACGCUGGUGCUACUGGCUAUGGCUACGAGUAUGAUCAGUCCUAUGCUUACGAUCAAUCGGGACAGUAUGCUCAAGCAGCCGAGGGAGGAGCAGCAGCUGCGAAUGCCGCUGCGAAUUCUGCUGCUGCCAGUGCUCCAGGAUCAGAGUCUUACUCGCAGCAGCCACCGCCAGCGUCCUCGUCGGCUGCUCAAACGGCUCAUACUUGAUUGAAAGAUGGAUCAUCGCGUCGGUAUGUGGCGAAAAUUUUUUUUUUUCUCGUUUUUUUUCUUCACUUUUCUUCUAUUUCUACUUCUUCUCUACUUGGUUCUUUUGCUUUCAUCUUGCUGGCAGCCAGCAUAAACAGCAGCGCAGCAGCACAGGCUAGGUACUAUUAAAGAAAAAAAAAAGUUUUGGUUUCUUCUCUAACUCUUUUUGUGUGAAAAUUUUGGGCUUUGUGUUAACAAGAUAGAUCAGCUGAUAAGAAAAGAGAGGGUGUUCUUCCUAUUGUUUGGUAUUUACAAAAAGGAAUUUGCGCU